AUUUUGGCCUUAUGGAUAAGCUUGUGUAUGGGGCUAGUAUUUUUAUUCUUACAGUUGACUGCACCCCUGAGGCUGGGGGCUGUAGUGGUCCUGUUUUCUUUUUUAGCUAGAUUGAGCAUUUAUUUGAUCUGUCCUACGGCUUGAUUUUCUCUUUUAUUAGUGCUACUGUUUCUAAGAGGCAUAAUGGUGAUUUUUGUGUACGUGGCGUCCUUGGCCCACAACGAACUGUAUGCGUACCCUUUCAAUUACGGGCUUUUUGUAUUAAUUUUGAUGAGCGCUGCUUCUAUUUUUAACGAUAAAGUGGAGUGAGUGUUUUUAAACGAGCUUAGGCCCACCGACUUGAGUCCUCACUUUAUCGUGUAUAAGGCUUACUCGUUCGGCGUCUAUCUGUUUACCUCGCUUCUAAUCGUCUAUUUAUUUAUCAGGCUGGUAGUCGUCGUGAAGCUGGCUACAUCUAGGGAGCUCCCACUGCGGGCGAAAAAGUAA